UAUACCCCGUCUAACUUUCAGAUGCAUUUCCUGGUCCUCCAUGGUGCUGUUUUUGAGCUAUUGUUGAUUUUUUUCAGGUUCUCUACCCGUUAAAACUGGUGGAAUCGCCCAAUUUGUCGCCGUUCGAUGUUGUGUACGACGAGAUAGUGUUCCGGGUAGAAAUAUCGAACGCAACGACAGUUCCGCCUUCGCGGCGUACCAGAUGGCGUGAUAAACGAGCCUGUUUGGGUGAACCACUAAGAGCUUUUGUGAGGCCUAGAAAUUACUUUUAGUUUCUCAUCAGGUGAAGUUAGCGCAACUGGGAGGAUCGAUGUGCCACGACCACGUGGUACGGGUCGAGGGUGACUGCUGUCAAUGCUGAAGGUGGUAAACAACAUGAAGUUAGUUACCAUGGAGACCAGAGGUGAUGAAGAGGUGUCAGGUGAACAUCACACUCAGCCAUGCAGUGCCACUGACUGUUCCUCCAUGAUCAGAGACAACUCGGAUGAAGAUGAAGAUGAUCUACUCAAACACUCCACGACGCUGACCAACAAGCAGCGAGGGAAUGAGAUUUCCGUUCGCCCUGCAACCCUGGACUCUCUGUCUAUGCAUCAGCUAGCGGCUCAGGGCGAGGUUUCACAGGUGGCUGCACGUCUGAGUAAAGACGGCUCACUGCUCAGCAGGCAGGAUGAACGAGGCUUCACUCCUCUCAUGUGGGCAGCAGCCUUUGGAGAGAAAGCUGUGGUGGACUUCCUCUUGGAAAAGGGUGCAGACCCCAAAGCCAUUGCCAGGGAGCGAGAGAGUGCCCUGACUUUGGCCAGCUCUGGGGGUUAUGUGGACAUUGUUGAGUCUCUUCUCAGACACGGAGUGGACAUUAAUACCUAUGACUGGAACGGUGGAACUCCUCUUCUUUACGCAGUACGAGGGAACCACAUCAAAUGUGUAGAGGCACUAUUAGCCAAAGGAGCUGAUAUGACCAUUGAGUCGGACUCUGGCUACAGUCCAAUGGCCUUAGCAGUAGCCCUGGGACACAAAAAAAGUAUGAAUUAUGCUGAUGUAGUGUGUGUUCAGAAAGUUUUGGAGGAGCACAUCCUGAAACUCUACAGACCACCAACAUGACACAAACCUCCAACCAUCCAUGGAAAGCAGCAUCUGAUCACAAAACAACGAGCAGUUCCGACCAGAGAUGGAAGGACCCGUCAUCCUUCAAUGUUAUCAUCAAGUCUGUACAUACGCUGAAGGUCAACUCUGGAAACUGAAUUUGUUGAUGUAUAAACAGUUUAUUCCAUUUGAAUACAUUUGAUUAUAUUACAGUAUAUAUGUCAAAUGUUUAGAAAAGAUGUAUGACAUGCUAUUGCUGUGCAGUAGAAAUAUUUGUCUUAAAAAACCUGCAAUAAAGUCUUUUAAAAAAUGCA